AUGAUCAUUAGUCAUUGUUUAAGAGAUUGUAUCCGGUAGUCCCUGAGUCUGUAAUCCAUGUUUCGUUGGCUGCUUUGGUUUUCCUCUUUCCUUUGAUUCUUUUGCAUGUAGUUAAAAUUCACGUGAAGACAACGUUAGAGAAAAUAUAAUAUUUGUUGGCGAAGAUUUGUUCUUUUUCGUGCUCUGUACUUUGGUUUUGUCAUUGCUUAUUGUUCGUUCCUAUCCUUUUUAAGAAUAACUAAUUAAUUAUUAACGGCCCUGCAUGGUGGAAUUUCGACAUUUAGAUCCAAUUCUUGUAGCUCAAGCCUUUUGGAAUAUAAGAGAGAAUUUCAUGCCUUAGGCCAAAUUUAUUAUUAUCCCUGGUACCUUACCAAUCUUCUUCUUCUUCUUCUUCUUCCAUUUGGCUCGGGUUUUGUAACUUGUUGUAGAUGAACGAGAACAGAGUUGACUGGCAAGGGCAGAUACAACAGAGGCGGGGACUAAGUGGGGAUUUCAAUUAUGAAUCUAGUCAUCGUUCUCAUCAAUGUUUUGAUGUCAAACAGGCUUGGAAUAUUGGUGUUGGAGGAGCUGAAGAGUCACCACACAUGGGCUCUGCAAAAUCAUCAACCACCAUUAUGGGCGGUUUUGAAUCCCCCGCUUCUGCUUUUUAUGCAGCAGAACGAUGCAUGGGGUUUCCGCAAUAUCAUUCCCAAGCGAACAUAAAUAAUCCCUCUUUUGGCUCUCCAUUUUCUAAGAUUCACGAUUUGGAACUCCCUUUGUAUCAAUCUCCCAGGGAAAACACUUUCUUGGAUCAUUCGCCACACCAAGUUAACUUCAAUGUCGAAUCAUCUAACCCCUUGCAAGCAGUGGCUAGAUCCCAAGUAGACCCAGAAAGACCCAAUAAAACUCCAUGUGGACGUUUGCCAACCGACAAGUUUCUUCCAACUGAACAACACAAAUUGUUCAUUGAUGUUGAUUAUGCCUCAGUCAGGGGAAACCAUACGCAGGUUGGUUGUGGGUCAUACAAUUUACCUCUUUCUCAUGUAAGCUUCUCCUCACAGCAAGAGAAGCUGUGUCCAACGGUUUCGGCAGCAAGUGUUACAAUUAAUGGAAAUCCUACUUCUAAUGGUGGGGCAGUAAUCCCAAGUAAAUCACGUAUAAGGUGGACUCAGGAUCUUCACGAGAAGUUUGUUGAAUGUGUGAAUCGCCUUGGGGGCUCUGAGAAGGCUACACCAAAAGCCAUAUUAAAGCUGAUGAACACAGAUGGGCUGACCAUCUUCCAUGUAAAGAGUCACUUGCAGAAAUGUAGAAUUGCAAAAUACAUGCCAGAUCCAGCUCAAGGGAAGUCUGACAAAAAAGCCCAUAUAGACGAUGUGCAUCAAAUUGAUGUUAAAACUGGCUCGCAAAUCAGAGAGGCGCUUCAGCUACAGCUAGAUGUUCAGAGGCGUCUCCAUGAACAGCUAGAGAUUCAGAGAAGAUUACAGCUUCGAAUUGAAGAGCAAGGAAAGCAGCUGAAGAUGAUGUUUGACCAGCAGCAGAAAACAUGUAAUAGCUUCUCGAAUCUGGGCAGUACAGAAAAUGAUGAUCCAUCAGUUAGUCAUAAAGAGGUUGAGGUUUCAAUUGCCGAGGGGUCUGGAAAUUCCUCCUUCCCUUCCAAGAUAUGUUAGCUCUCCAGGCACAUGGUUGGUACUUGGUAGCUCUUCAGAUGUGUAAGAUUAAUUUUAAUGAGCAAAAUAUAAACCACACCGUACAAAUUCUCUAUGGCACAAACAUAUCGUCAUUAAUCCUCCAUCAGAAAACUCUGUGAUUGUAGUACACAAGAUUAUUGUGCUCUUUGGAAACCAGAAUCCUUGUACUUCACCUUCAUAUUGCUCAAGAAACACUUUCAUGACACCAGUGAGUAGAUCAUUUGUAGCUAGACAAGGCUUUUAAGGGUUAACUGAGAUCCAAGCUGCAGUUAUCUAUACAGGAUGUUAUAUUCUGUUUCCAAAGUAUUAGGAAAGCAAUGAGAUGCGUGAUUCUCUUGAGCACAGCAAAAAGACAAUUCCGUUGAGGGAUUCCCUUUUGUAGGUUAAAUAAUCCCAAGUUCCUAAGAAGAUUUUUCUCGGUGGAAAACGAAUCUGUAAUUAGUCCUCUGUCUUUUGUUGUGGACGGUGGUGAGAAAGGGCACGCCUUAAAAAAUUGAAUUUGUAUCAUUUAUGUACAAGCCUAUGCUUUAGACAGGAAUCCACUUGUCGUUGCCCUAAUGCGAUCGCAAAUCGUCCGGCGCA